AUGAGGAGGACUUUUUCUCAGUUAGCAACCCGACUAUUGAAGUCGAAAGAUGAUGAGCUGAAAUCAACUCUAAAAUACUUGACCAAAGGUCCAGUGAAGUUGUUGGGGCCUUUGUUUGAAUCUUCUGAAGUUAAUGAACAAGGUUCCUUAUUGAAUCGUUCACGCACUAAAGAAAAUAAUCUUCAAAAUCACCAUAUAGAGAACAUCCUGAGAAUACUGAAUUCAAAUCUACCGGAAGUAGAGUCCAAGAAACAAAAAGUAGCUGUUCAUUACGAUGUGCUUUUCUCACAUUUGAACUCAAUAGUUACCCAGGCAACGGAUAACAAAAGUUCUUCUUCGAAGGAACUACAAGGUUCAUCGUCCGAGGAUCUAUAUGAUAGGCUGCUGCUUUUGCAGUAUGUGGGCAAGUUAACUAAUGUGCGUCAAAUAACAGAAAUUUUGCUCUCAAAAAAGUUCAACAAAUUCGAUAAAGUAUGGGAGCACAGAGCCUUGUUUGACGAAUACCAAAGAGUAGUGAUAUCCAUCCUGUUGUAUUAUAGAACGCACGAUGUGCAAAUAAGAAAAGACUACGAGCCUCGUUGGUUGUCCGAUUACAGUGAUCUACCGUUUCCUCUGCGACGUCUUUUGUGGAGAUGUCUAACUUCUAACGUAUCUGAAGAUAAUAUUCGUCAAAAUAUAAUUCAUUACAUUAAGCUUUUAGGCGCAAAUUGGAGGAAUAACGAUUUGAUUUUAAUUUAUCAAUCUUUGUAUGAAAAGUCACAUAUAUUGCCUGAUUUAACGGUCCUGAACCACAAUAAAGAUGAUGGUUUCUCUUUCACCCAAAAUCAAAUCCUGCUUGUUCGUAUUUUAAGGGCUAUUUCGAAAUGCGUUGAAGAGGAACCAAAAUUGGUCAAAAAAUGGUUAAUUGAUAUCGUAAAAUUGAGUAUACAAAGCAAAAUAAUGCUGGAGUCACCGAAGAAACCGUCCACACCAAUAAUGGACCAAUACAAAUUUAUUAGAUCCUUAGAUAUUUCUAUACGGAGUAUCCAUCGGACGUGCCAGGAUAAACUAAUCUUUGAAGAUUUACAGGUCAACCUUGGAAGUGUAUUAAAGAUGAUUAAUGAAGAAGAACACGAGUUAAAAACACACUUACCAUUGAACCUCAUAUAA